GAAUUAAGUUUCGUUUUAGAAUAGAUCACUUAAAAUCGUCCUCAAAACGUAUCGUUUGAUGGAUUCCAAGCGUAUUUAAAGCAGGAUGGAUAACUCAAGAAACUCAACAAGCAGUGACCAAUCUGGAUUAUAUCCUUCUUUGGAUUUAACCGACUAUGAAGUCUCUCCUUCCAACGAAGUAAAGAUAAAGAACAGACGCAGCCAUAAUUCAUCUUGUGUAUCUACAGAUGGAACUGAUAUCAACGAUGAAAAGACAAGAAAGGAACGAAGCCGAAAUCCUUCUUGUGUGUCUACUGAUAGCAGUAGCAGCAAUGAUUCGAAACUUCAUAGCUUUAAAGGUAUUAACUUUGGGCAUGUCUGCAUUGUCAUUAUUUUACUACUAUUAUUGCUAGUGUCGUUCAAUUUUGGACUAUUAAGUAGAAAACGAACUUUGGUAAAACAAGUCUCCUUAAAAACUGAAAUUAAAAAUCUCUCGUUGAAAUACAAAAACCAAGCCGAUAUUCUGAUUAUAGGAUCAUCAAUUCGCUCAAAUAUCGAAAAUAAUAAUCCAACUUAUCCAUCUAUUGUAAUUUUAUCCUCAUCAUCUAAAGCAUCGGACACUGCAGAUUGUUUAGCAAAAGAAGCUGCGUCAAUUUAUAUAAAGUUAGUCAAUGCUGUCGCUGUUGAUGAAGAAUCAGAAGAAUGUGUUCAAGAACCCGGUGAAAUAAUGUUAAGCUCAACAAUAACUAAAAUGGAGUUAGAAAAAAAACUACACACCUUGUCGAGUCAAUAUUGUGCAGUUGUGCUAAGAGGAGUACAUAACUUGAAUGGUGAUACUGCCUUGAUACUACAUGCUUUUAUGGACAAUGAUAACGCUCAUUAUAAGAAAAAAAUGUAUGUUUUAACGGUUGAAACGGAUAAUUAUGAAGAAAAUGAAAAGCCUGUAACUGUCAUCGAAAAUCUACUUCAUAAAAAAUGGGACCCUGUCAUAAAUGCUGAUAAUACAGCAGCCAUUUUAACCCGUAUUGCUAAUAAUGCCUUAUUAGUUAAACCUGGCCUCAAUGUAACCUGCUAG